GUAGUUUUAAUUUUGUAUCUUAUGUACUUUGGCUAUGCCAUGUACUGGCGCUUUGGGGACGAAGGCUCAAUACAGCUCCUAGUUUGUACCGUUUUAGGAAUCUUAAUCAUUUUCCAUAAGAUUAUUCAGAAGAAAGAAUGUGGCAGUUGUAUACUACUUGUGAUUGACAGGCAUUGUAUAUUCUGGGCAAUCUCUUCACAAUUUCUUUUGGCUAUCGUUUUGCUGAAGACGACGUGGGGUAUCCUCACCAUAACCUGGAUGGCUGAUAGAGUGACGUCAUUUAUGGAAAAUGGCUAUAAAGCAUCGGAAUUUGUUUUUGGCAAAACAUAUAGAGACCAUAUGAUUAUCUUACAGGCGAUGCCUCUAACGUUUUUUAUCGGUGCGUUUACAGCUAUUUUGUAUCAUUUUGGUGUCAUGCAGUAUAUAAGUAAAUCUAUCGGCAGAGCCCUUUCUUCAACUCUUUGCACAAGUCCACCAGAAUCGUUGAGUGUGGCAGCUAAUAUAUUUCUUGGAGCAAGCCAAGCACUACUUGUUGUUAAACCGUAUCUCCAGUACAUGUCAAGAUCUGAACUCUUUUCUUUAAUGGUUGGUGGAUUUUCAUCUGUUAGUACUUCUCUGUUUGAUUUAUACAUUAGUGUUGGGGUUCCAGCCAAACAUCUAUUAGCAGCUUGUAUAAUGUCAGCACCAGCAUCGUUUGCUAUAUCCAAACUACUGGUACCAGAAUCAAAAAUGAACAAGGAAAAACAACAGAAAUACAGUGACACUCUUCACUUGGAGAAAUAUAAGAAUAUAAUAGAUGCUACCUGCAAGGGAGCUCUAGACUCUGUAACCCUGUUCUGUAGUGCCAUAGUAAAUCUCUAUGUAUUUUACGCUCUUUUGCAAUUAAUUAAUACCACAUUAGCAUGGUUUGGUGAACGAGUAGGAGUAGAAGGUCUGACCUUUCAGUUCAUAAUUUCCUACUUGUUUCUCCCACUGCCAUUAUUGAUGGGUGUCGAUACGAAGGAUUGUAGAGCAAUAGCUAAACUAAUAGUCUAUAACCUAAUGGGCACCAACAAAUUGGCUUAUAUUAUGUUGGGGAAGCUGAGAAACAAUCAUCAACAAUUUCUCAACUAUACAUCAACUCUGGCAACCAAUGCGACCUGGCAUUAUAACGGAGAUGACAUUUUCUUGACACAGUGGAACCGGACCCUUACUGAUGGCAUUAUUUCGGAACGAUCAACGGUGAUAGCUACGUACGCCUUUUGUGGUUUCGCUAAUUUUACUGCUAUGGGUAUCGUGAUGGGAGCCUUGAUCGCAUUGAUACCAAAGCGGAAAGUUGUGGUGCUUAAUCUUAUAUUAAAGGCUAUGGUAGCAGGAAAUAUAGCAUGCUACCUCACAGCUUGCAUAUCAGGGUUAUUUCAUGGCACUUAGAGACAGUUCCGGAUUAACCAUUAAGCAAACUAAACACGUGCUUAGGCACUGAAUUUCUGCUUUG